AUGGAGAACGCAUACAUGAAAGAGUCGCCAGACGUUCUGUCUCACUUCGGCGUCUCUGAAGAAAUCGGCCUUUCGCCCGAGCAGUUCAAGAAGAACCUGGAUAGAUAUGGCUUCAACGAGCUGCCAGCGGAGGAGGGAAAGUCCAUCUGGGAGCUGGUGAUGGAACAGUUUGAGGACUUGUUGGUCAGAAUCUUACUGCUGGCCGCCUGCAUCUCUUUUGUGCUGGCUUUGUUUGAGGAUGGUGAGGAGACUGUCACUGCCUUCGUGGAGCCCUUCGUCAUCCUCCUCAUCCUCAUUGCAAAUGCUAUCGUUGGAGUGUGGCAGGAGCGCAAUGCAGAGAGUGCCAUUGAGGCUCUGAAGGAGUACGAGCCUGAGAUGGGGAAAGUUUACCGGUCGGACAGGAAGAGCGUGCAGAGAAUCAAGGCCAGGGAGAUCGUUCCUGGUGAUGUGGUGGAGGUUUCCGUUGGUGACAAAGUGCCAGCUGACAUCAGGCUCAUCUCCAUCAAAUCCACCACCCUGCGCGUGGACCAGUCCAUUCUCACCGGUGAGUCUGUCAGCGUGAUCAAACACACGGACGCUGUCCCAGACCCCCGAGCCGUCAACCAGGACAAGAAGAACAUGCUGUUUUCCGGAACCAACAUCGCUUCAGGAAAAGCCACCGGUAUCGCUGUUUCAACGGGCGUCUCCACUGAGAUCGGAAAGAUUCGUGACCAGAUGGCUGCCACUGAGCAGGAGAGGACCCCCCUGCAGCAGAAACUCGACGAGUUUGGAGAGCAGCUCUCCAAGGUCAUCUCCCUCAUCUGUGUGGCUGUGUGGAUGAUCAACAUCGGCCACUUCAACGAUCCCGUCCACGGAGGCUCGUGGAUCCGCGGGGCUGUCUACUAUUUCAAGAUCGCUGUGGCUCUGGCUGUGGCUGCCAUCCCUGAAGGUCUGCCCGCUGUCAUCACCACCUGCCUGGCUCUGGGAACACGCCGUAUGGCCAAGAAGAACGCCAUCGUCAGGAGCCUGCCCUCUGUGGAGACCCUGGGCUGCACCUCAGUCAUCUGCUCCGACAAGACCGGUACCCUCACCACCAACCAGAUGUGUGUCACAAAGAUGUUCGUCAUUGACAAAGUCGAGGUUGACAAUGUUUCCCUCGGUCAGUUUGACAUCUCAGGCUCAAAGUACACCCCCGAGGGAGAAGUCACAAGGAAUGGCAUGUUGGUGAAGUGCGGCCAGUAUGACGGACUGGUUGAGCUGGCUACCAUCUGCGCUCUGUGCAACGACUCUUCUCUGGACUACAAUGAGUCCAAGGGCAUUUAUGAGAAAGUGGGCGAGGCCACAGAAACAGCGCUGUCCUGUUUGGUGGAGAAGAUGAACGUGUUCAACACUGAAGUGCGCGGCCUGUCCAAGGUGGAGCGGGCAAACGCAUGCUGUUCUGUGAUCAAGCAGCUGAUGAAGAAGGAGUUCACCCUGGAGUUCUCCAGAGACAGAAAGUCCAUGUCGGUGUUCUGCUCCCCUGCCAAGUCGGGCAAAACUCCUGUAGGAAACAAGAUGUUUGUCAAAGGUGCUCCAGAAGGUGUCAUCGACCGGUGCUCGUACAUUCGUGUGGGCACCAGCCGCAUUCCUCUGACCGGCCCGGUCAAAGAAAACAUCCUGUCAGUCAUCAAGGAGUGGGGCACCGGGCGCGACACCCUCCGCUGUCUGGCACUGGCCACCUCCGACACACCGAUGAGGAAGGAGGACAUGAACCUGGUGGACUCCACCAAGUUCGUCAACUAUGAGACUGACUUGACCUUUGUCGGCUGUGUCGGCAUGCUCGACCCUCCGCGUAAGGAAGUCAUGGGCUCCAUUGAGCUGUGCAGGGCCGCUGGCAUCCGAGUCAUCAUGAUCACUGGUGACAACAAAGGCACAGCUGUGGCCAUCUGCCGUCGUAUCGGCAUCUUCACUGAGGAUGAGGAUGUCACUGGCAAGGCCUUCACCGGCCGGGAGUUUGAUGACCUCGAUCUGUACGACCAGAAGAUCGCUGUGCGAAAGGCCGGCUGCUUCGCCAGAGUGGAACCGUCCCACAAGUCUAAAAUCGUUGAGUUCCUGCAGGGCUUCGAUGAGAUUACCGCCAUGACUGGUGAUGGAGUAAACGAUGCCCCGGCCUUGAAGAAGGCGGAGAUUGGCAUCGCCAUGGGCUCUGGCACUGCCGUUGCCAAGUCUGCCUCUGAGAUGGUCCUGGCUGACGACAACUUCUCCUCCAUUGUGUCUGCCGUUGAGGAGGGCAGAGCCAUUUACAACAACAUGAAGCAGUUCAUCCGCUACCUCAUCUCCUCCAACGUCGGCGAGGUCGUCUGUAUCUUCCUGACGGCUGCCCUGGGUCUGCCCGAGGCUCUGAUCCCAGUGCAGCUGCUGUGGGUCAACCUCGUGACUGACGGUCUGCCCGCCACGGCGCUGGGCUUCAACCCUCCUGACCUUGACAUCAUGGGCAAAGCCCCCCGCUCCCCCAAAGAGCCCCUCAUCUCUGGCUGGCUCUUCUUCAGAUAUAUGGCCAUCGGAGGUUAUGUUGGGGCUGCAACUGUUGCAGCAGCUGCCUGGUGGUUCCUGUACUGUGAUGAAGGCCCAAUGAUUUCCUUCUACCAGCUGUCACACUUCAUGCAGUGCAGCGAGGACAACGAGGACUUCACUGGGAUCCACUGCGAGGUGUUUGAGGCCGCGCCCCCAAUGACCAUGGCUCUGUCUGUGCUGGUCACCAUCGAGAUGUGCAACGCUCUGAACAGCUUGUCUGAGAACCAGUCCCUGCUGCGCAUGCCCCCCUGGAGCAACGGCUGGCUGGUGGGCGCCAUGACCCUCUCCAUGUCCCUUCACUUCAUGAUCAUCUACGUCGAUCCCCUGCCCAUGAUCUUCAAGCUCACUCACUUGAAUGUGGAACAGUGGUUGAUGGUGCUGAAGCUCUCCUUCCCGGUCAUCCUCAUUGACGAGGUUCUCAAGUUUGUGGCUCGCACAUAUCUGGAGGGGAAAGUCUAGAGGCAAAGAGCGACAGAGCGGCU